CAUGCGGCAGGGAGGCAGUAGAGAGACGCUUGCGAUAAAACGAGUAAACGCCGCUCGAGUCACCACUGAACGGGACGGAGAAGCGGGUCGACCGUCACAUUUCCAGGCAGGCAGCGGCUUGGACGGGGGGUGAAUGUGAUGUACUAAAUCAGGAUCUUUUCCUUUGGGUUUCACUGACUCCCAGUUCUUUGGGAAACGAGAAGAUACCAGCCGCGGUGAUCAGAACUUUGCACUGUUUUUGUGGAUAAACCUUCUGGAAGAUUUCUUGACGGGGUACCGGGUUCUUUUCCAGUCUCACCAUGGAGAACGCUCACAUCAAGAGCGUGGAGGAAGUUUAUAGUUAUUUCGACGUCAACGAGAGCACAGGACUGACCCUGGAACAGGUGAAGAAGCAGAGAGAGAAAUGGGGUACCAACGAAUUGCCUGCUGAGGAAGGAAAAUCUAUAUGGGAACUUGUCAUUGAACAGUUUGAGGAUUUACUCGUGCGGAUUCUUCUGCUGGCAGCUUGUAUAUCAUUUGUUUUAGCUUGGUUUGAAGAGGGAGAGGAAACCAUCACUGCCUUUGUGGAGCCUUUUGUAAUCUUACUCAUCCUUAUAGCCAAUGCUAUUGUGGGUGUCUGGCAGGAACGCAAUGCCGAAAACGCCAUCGAAGCUCUUAAGGAGUACGAGCCAGAGAUUGCCAAAGUAUACCGCCAGGACAGAAAGGUCGUGCAGAGGGUUAAAGCCAAAGACAUUGUGCCUGGAGACAUUGUCGAGAUCGCUGUGGGUGACAAGGUGCCUGCAGACAUCCGCCUCUCUGCUAUUAAGUCCACCACAUUGAGAGUAGAUCAGUCCAUCCUCACAGGUGAGUCUGUGUCCGUCAUUAAACACACGGACCCCGUGCCGGACCCUCGCGCUGUCAAUCAGGACAAGAAGAACAUGCUGUUCUCGGGUACCAACAUUGCCGCGGGCAAAGCAGUGGGCGUAGUGGUGGCCACGGGCGUGCACACAGAGAUCGGUAAGAUCCGUGACGAAAUGGCCUCCACCGAGCAGGAGAGGACUCCCCUGCAGCAGAAGUUGGACGAGUUUGGCGAGCAGCUUUCCAAAGUCAUCUCUCUCAUCUGCAUCGCCGUGUGGAUCAUCAACAUCGGCCACUUCAACGAUCCCGUCCACGGUGGCUCGUGGAUCCGCGGAGCAGUCUACUACUUCAAGAUCGCCGUCGCUCUGGCUGUGGCCGCCAUACCCGAGGGUCUUCCCGCUGUCAUUACCACCUGCCUGGCUCUCGGCACCCGCCGAAUGGCAAAGAAGAACGCUAUCGUCCGCUCGCUGCCCUCUGUGGAAACUCUGGGUUGCACUUCCGUCAUUUGCUCGGACAAAACUGGCACCCUCACCACCAACCAGAUGUCCGUCUGCAGGAUGUUCGUCUUGGAUAAGGCAGAUGGAGAAAACUGCUCGCUGAAAGAGUUUACAAUCUCCGGCUCCACCUAUGCCCCUGAAGGAGACGUGUUUCUUGAUAACCGUUUAGUGAAGAGCUCUCAGUACGAUGGACUGGUGGAGUUGGCAACCAUCUGUGCAUUGUGCAAUGAUUCCUCCCUGGAUUUUAAUGAGUCUAAAGGUGUUUAUGAGAAGGUUGGAGAAGCCACAGAGACGGCCCUCACCUGCCUGGUGGAAAAGAUGAACGUGUUUGACACUGACGUCAAAAGCCUGUCGAAGAUCGAUAGAGCAAACGCCUGCAACGCUGUGAUCAAACAGCUGAUGCAGAAAGAGUUCACACUGGAGUUCUCCAGAGACAGAAAGUCCAUGUCUGUGUUCUGCACACCAAGCAAAUCCAAAUCCAGCUCUGCUAAGAUGUUUGUCAAGGGAGCACCGGAGGGAGUGAUCGAUAGGUGCACGUAUGUGCGUGUCGGGGGCUCCAGGGUUCCUCUGUCUCAGGGCAUUAAGGAAAAGAUCAUGUCUGUGAUCAAAGAGUACGGCACCGGGCGGGACACCCUCCGAUGUCUGGCGCUGGCCACCCGUGAUAACCCGCUUAAGAAAGAAGAGAUGGUUCUGUCUGAAACGGCACGCUUUGCAGACUAUGAGUCUGAUCUGACCUUUGUGGGCUGCGUUGGGAUGCUGGAUCCUCCUCGCACCGAGGUUGCCGCUUCCAUCAAGCUCUGCCGCCACGCAGGUAUCCGGGUCAUAAUGAUCACAGGUGAUAACAAGGGUACGGCCGUGGCCAUCUGCAGACGCAUCGGCAUCUUCUCCGAGGACGACGACGUCGAUCGCAUGGCCUUUACGGGCCGUGAAUUUGACGACCUUUCACCCCACGCCCAGCAAGAGGCUGUCAUGAGUGCCCGCUGCUUUGCACGAGUGGAACCUUCGCACAAGUCCAAGAUCGUCGAGUUCCUGCAGGGCUUUGACGAAAUCACCGCCAUGACAGGAGAUGGGGUGAACGAUGCCCCCGCCCUAAAAAAGGCGGAGAUUGGCAUCGCCAUGGGCUCUGGCACUGCUGUGGCCAAGACAGCCUCGGAAAUGGUCCUCGCCGAUGACAACUUUUCAACCAUCGUGGCUGCUGUUGAGGAAGGCAGAGCUAUUUACAACAACAUGAAGCAGUUCAUCCGCUACCUCAUCUCCUCCAAUGUAGGAGAGGUCGUCUGCAUCUUCCUUACUGCCGCCUUGGGUUUCCCUGAGGCUCUCAUCCCCGUUCAGCUGCUGUGGGUCAACCUGGUCACUGACGGUUUACCUGCUACUGCUCUGGGCUUCAACCCCCCUGAUCUGGACAUCAUGAAUAAACCUCCUCGCAGUGCCAAGGAGCCUCUCAUCUCUGGCUGGCUCUUCUUCAGAUAUCUGGCCAUCGGCUGUUACGUGGGUGCUGCGACCGUAGGAGCCGCGGGCUGGUGGUUCAUUAUUGCUGAGGAUGGUCCAAUGGUCACUCUUUACCAGCUGAGUCAUUUCUUGCAGUGUUCUCCUGAUAAUCCUGACUUCCAGGACCUGGAGUGCCACGUGUUCGAGUCUCCAUACCCCAUGACCAUGGCCCUGUCCGUGCUGGUCACCAUCGAAAUGUGUAAUGCCCUAAACAGUUUGUCGGAGAACCAGUCUUUGGUGCGCAUGCCUCCCUGGGAAAACAUCUGGCUGCUGGGAGCCAUCUGUCUUUCCAUGUCUCUGCAUUUCCUCAUCCUCUACGUUGAGCCAUUGCCGGUCAUCUUUCAGAUCACCCCCCUGAAUGUGACCCAGUGGUUAAUGGUGCUGAAGAUCUCACUGCCUGUUAUUCUCUUGGACGAGCUGCUUAAAUUCGUGGCAAGGAACUACUUGGAGCCCGGUAAUGAUUUGGACCAGGAGCCCGACAGGAGAGGCUGGUCCCUCUCUGCAUGCACUGAGGGCAUCUCCUGGCCUUUUGUAGCUCUGUCAUGUCCCGUUGUGGUGUGGCUUUACAGCACAGGCACUAACAUAACCAACCUGUUCUGAUCGUCUUGACUGAUCUGAGACCUGCCGUGAAGCUAACCAUGACUCCAAAUAACCAGAGGAGCGACAUUAACAAGGAACAAGAGUUAACCAUGUUCAUAUUUGCACACCAAGCCUUGUUUGAAUUUUUAUACACAAUGUUUAUCUAUAUAUAUGGCAUAUUGCUGUCAGAAAAUAGUGUUUUUUUUGUUUGUUUUUUAAUCAUUAGAAUUUUUUUAAUUAAUUUUGGUUUUCAUAUUAAAGGUGUAUAUUUUUCUCAGGUCCCCUUUUUCGAUGUUUAAAAAAGUGCCGAGACGCAAUACUAUUUAUCCGAUUGCUUUAGUUGCAGUAUAUUUGGCUCAAAGCUCUGAAAUGAGAUUUCUUUAUAGUGUUUAUAGAAUCAGCUGGGCCAAAAAAAUAAAUGUGCAUUCCGUUUGUUUUCUGUAACAUCACAAUAUAUUUUCAUUUCCUUGUGUCCUUGACACAAAAUGAUUUCCUUUCUGCUUUAAGUAGAUUGUGGCUACCUCAGUUUUGUCGAUUGCUUUCGGCGUUCCUCUUUUCAGACCUUUUUGGAUGAUAAGAAAGAGAAAAAUAGCCAAAUGCACUAGUUCCCCAGUACCGAAUCGCUUUUCUGGAUCUACCACAUGAGGUGAAAAAGUAGUACACACAUCUGGCCAUCAGUAGUACACAAUAGUAGUAAACAAAUCUACUUAAAGUCUUCUAUUUUAACGCACUAAUUUUGUAUUUAAUAUACUAAAAUUUCUUUAGUACUACUUAAGAUGUGUGUGUUUUGAGACACCAUGAAUAUGAACUAAAAUGCACUUUUAACAUACUAUCUCUGUAUUAAAAAAUUUAUUUAGUUAACAUAGUUAACACUUUUUAUUAAACUUGAACCCAUCUUUCAUACAAGGAUAUGUAUGUAAUACACGUGGUACCUAAAUAAAUUUUUUUUUUUAAAUACAUUUAAACACAUUUUAGUUCAUGGUGUCUCAAAAUAGCACAGAUAAGUACACUAAAGAAGAAUUUUUUGUAUAUUAAGUUUAAAAUUAGUGUGCGAAAAUAGAGCACUUUAAGUACAUUAUGGGAAGUGUACUACUUUAUCACUUGGGUUAUUUAAUUAUGCUUAAAGGAAAACACCACAAUUUUUCAAUAUUUUACCAUGUUCUUACCUCAACUUAGACAAAUAAAUACAUGCCUAUCUUUUUUCAAUGCGUGCACUUAAUCUUUGUACAGCACGUCGUGAAUGUGUUAGCUUCUAAAUUCAUCCCUGUUUGGAUCCUAAGGAAUGAAUGGGGCUAGGCUAAAUGCUAACACAUUCACGACGCACUGUACAAAGAUUAAGUGCACACAUUAAAUAAAGAUAGGUAUGUAUUAAUUUGUCUAAGUUGAGGUAAGAACAUAGUAGAAUAUUAAAAAAACGGUGGUGUUCUCCUUUAAGAAUGAACGCGCGUUUCAAGUGUCUGAAAAAUGCUCAGAUUGAAAAUGAAGAGCUUAGAUGCGAAACGCAACCUCUGUCGAAAUUAUAUAAUGAUAUAAGUGAUUUUGCAACUGUUUAGUAUUUUGUCCAAAGAAGUGGAUGGUUUUUGCAAAAAAAAAGUUUGCGUGAACUUGUGCGCCUGUAUAGCUCAGUGAUAGAGCAAAAAGUCGUGGGUUCGAACCCAGGGAGCACACACACUGAAAAAAUAUGUCCCUUGUAAUGCACUGUAGUCGCUUUGGAUAGAUGUCGCACAAGCACAAGUUGCUUUGGAUAAAAGCAAAUUCGUAAGUGUAAAUGUAGUUUUCAGCAAAAUCCGUCAAAUUUGUUUAAUACCAAUGACAUGACUAAAGUGACUAAUAACCUUUAUAGAAUGCUGCAGGGAUGACAGAUUUUUGUUGGCUAA